CCAUGCUCGAGGGAUUAGCUAUUUAAAGUUCAGUCGCUCCGCGCCACAGAAACCUUUCCAUACUGCCAAUAAGGACGCACACAGUUGAGGACGCGCAGAAAACAGCAGAAAAACACAUUUGAAUGACAAGAAAAAACGCAGAUGAAGUGAGGAUAGUCGUGUUGCUGCUGGGAAUUAUCAAGAUUAUCCAUUUUUUACUGCCUGUCUGCAAGUUUAUUUCACCAGACAACGCUGCCAUGGGUGUGAAGAUGCUGCAGUGUUUUCCUUUCUACAGACGCUGUAAAGAACGCUGCAAGAGCAGGCAGUGCCCCCCAGCGGCAGUUCCCAUCGAGGAGAUGAAGCCCCGUCUGUGCUCCACCACAUCCUGGGGUAGCGACAGUGAAGGAGCAGGAAGCCUGAGUCGGGGCUCCCAGAUAUAUUUCUCCACCAAGGCCAGGCUGUCUUUUAGACACCAGCUGGACAGCAACAUCAACGCAGUGGACGCCACCUACUGAGGAGGGCUGCAGAGGAGAUAAAGAGACUCCUGUAUCUAAGUUACCUGGGAGCCUGAUCGCUGAGCUAGUGCAUCCAUCGUCACCUUUAGAUGUGAUCAACAGCAGAUGUGCACAGCCACAGUUCGCUUUUUAACCCCUCGCUGCACAUAAAGAACUCUCGAUGAUUAAUCAGAUUCAACAAGGGGUCGUGGAAGACAGACCGAAACAGACUUGGUUUUCAAUCUCUGUGCAUUAACAUGUCAUGAGACGAAACUCUAAAAGGAGCGGAUCCACUGCCCAAACGGACCCAAUACUGAUGAGAGAGAGAAGACAACAUAGAGACUUGUUUACAGCAUUCAUAACCAAAAAGUGCAUAACUUUUUCUUUUUUUUUUUUUUUUUUACUGAGUUUCUUUUUUUGACUAAUUUUGUGG